GUUCCUACCAUGUUCGAUAUACUUUUAGUUGAUGCAAAUUCGCAGUCGGCGAAAACACUGACGAGCGGCACCGCGGCUGGUGGAUCACCUGAUCAGUUUCCGGACAUUAAACAGGAACACGUUACCUCAGUUGCUGAUUCUCAGUUUACUGAUGGGAACACUGACGUAGUUUCUCGACGUCCUUUCGGACUAGCGACAUUCAGUCCUCCUUCUCAGAUAUUUGAUGCCUCUUUGGCCCUUCGUAGAGCGGUAAAUCAUUUGGAUCUUGCCAAUUAUGAACCAUCAACCAUUGCUCCUUUGCCCUCUGUGCGGUCGAAACAGUCCAAAUUCAAAAAUAAUGCACAAAAGGUCCAUUCUUCGCGUCAGGCGCACAAACGCACAUGCCGGCAUUAUCAGCCGCAUCCAAAGGAGGUGGAUGUUCCGAAGGUCAAACCCAAAUCCAUUGUAGCGACUGAUAUGUUGAGUGAGGCAACUGGGGCCGACUUGACCUUCCCCUCGAUUUCCACUGUGGCCCUGGCCACUGACGUUCCCUCUUCUGCUCCACUUGCAAAGUCCAUGAUGCCGCCGCCUCCACCGCCGUCUAUCACUCGUAAGAGUUUGAUGUUUACUCGUCUCCUCUUACCACUACUCUGUUUUCCUUAA